AUGUCUGUUCCUAACAUUGCCUGCUGGAAUAUUAGAGGUUUUAAUAGUCCAGACAAGGUUUUUUGCUGCAAGCACUUGGCUUCUUCCUUUAGACUUGACAUGCUCUGUUUGUUGGAAAAUAGGAUUCAAGCUUCUUCUCUUCUGAAUCCUUUCUUCUCAGAAUCUCACGUGAUCUUCCCUUCUGAAGACUCCUGUCAUAAUUUCAACAUGACUGCUCCUGGUAGGAUAUGGAUUAAGUGGAACUCUUAUACUCUUAAUUUUACUCCUACUACCAUCUCUCCUCAACUUAUAUCGGGUAUUGUGGAUAGAGCUGAAUUACCCUCUGUUGGUAAUGUCUACACUUGGUUUAAUCAGCGUCAAAGCAACCCUAUACACAUUAAGUUAGACAGAGUUUUGACUAAUGAUAUGUGGGAUUCAACUUUUCCUAACUCCUACUAUUUUGUGCAAGCUCCUUCUUGCUCAGAUCAUUGCCCCUUAAUCCUUCACUCCUCUGAUGCUGUCUCCCGAUACCACAGAUUUCUUUUCAAGAACUUCUGUACUCCACUUGAUGGUUAUUGGUUUAUCUUGUUGGAGGUUUUUUCUGCUCAGCCUAUUGGUAAUCCUAUGGCUGAUUUUUGCUCCAAACUUAGGCAUCUUAAAAGCCGUAUCAAACUUGAAUCCUGGACUAAUUCCAAUGCCAUUCAAGAUCAGCUAGACUCUUUGCACUGCAUACAACUUAAAUGUCUUGAGCAGAUUAAUCUGGAUCCUCAUAAUGAUGAUUUGAUUAGGCAUCUGAAGAGCAUCAACCACAAUAUAUCUAAAACCUCCUCUCUUCAUUCUUCUUGGAUCAUCCAGCGGGCUAAGGCCUCGUGGCCUUCUCAGGGAGAAGACAACCUUAAGUUUCUGUAUGCAAAAAUUAGGCGCAGAAAGGUUUACAGUAAUGCUGCUAUUAAUCUGGGAACUUCUUCUAAUCUCUCUAGGAAUGAUGCAAUUUCUGAUAUCAUUAAUCAUUUUCAUAAGCUUUUUAAUCCUCCCCUUAUUAAGGAUUUGAACAUGGACCUUUUUCCAUCUGGUAACACUCUUCAACCCCUUCUUGCCGAUUCUCUUAUUUUCCCUAUUACUGAUGAUGAAAUUAGGCAAUGUGUUUUUGAUGGUGCUGCUUCCUCCUCCCUGGGUCCUGAUGGUUUCAAUUACCACUUCUACAAACGUAGCUGGCACAUUAUUGGUCCUUGGGUUUGUGAGGUUGUUAAAUUUUUUUUGGUAAAUGGUACUCUUGCUCCUGGCAUCAAAGCUACGGCUUUAGCUCUCAUUCCCAAGUCCAAGCAUGCAUCCUCUUUUGCUCAUUUUAGGCCUAUUGCUCUUUGUAAUGUGAUUUACAAGAUUGUCUCCAAAAUUCUGGCUUCUAGGCUUAAGCCCAUCAUACCUUUAAUUGUCAAGGAGACUCAAUCUGGGUUUAUUAAUGGCAGAAUCUCCACCGAUAACAUUAUUUUGGCACAAGAACUUCUCUCUUUUGCUAAAACUAGGAAGAAAAACAUUUUUUGUGCUAAGUAUGAUAUCCGUAAGGCGUUUGAUACGGUUUCAAGGGAAUUUGUUCUGGCUAGACUUGUUCAGAAAGGUAUUCCCCCCUUAUUUGUCUCCUGGAUUAAGGCUUGCAUCUCUGACGUAAAUUUCUCUAUUAUGAUCAAAGGGGCUCUUGAGGGAUACUUUCCAUCCUCGGUUGGGUGA